AAUUUCCACAGGGAAUUGUGUUCUUUUAAAUAAAUAGCCUAUGCCAAUUUACAACACAUGCAUUUCAAUAGAGGAAAUGUAAGUACUCAUCUUUGAUGGCACUAAGUUUGUGUUCGUGAAUUCUUUAGAAUAAAAACAACUUCAGUUGAAAUAAAAAAAAAAUGUGCAAAAUUUGUUAACAGUUAAUGAACGUAUAUCUUCCUGCGUUCAAUUCAUUACAUCGCAUCAACUAUACAACUACAACCAAUAGAGUUCGUACUAUUGAAACGAGGAAAUAAACUUAUCCCGAUGUUUAAGUAAAAACACAUACUGAAUGGCCAUAUAAAAGUAUAAAUGAUAAAGCUUUUAGCAGCGAAAGAAUACAUUGCAAACGAUUGUCAUAUUGUGAUAUCGUCUAGACAUGUUGGCUUAUAUCAUACUUCUAAUAGCUACUGGACUCGCGCCAUGUACAGGUAUGUCGUAUGUUGGAUGUUACAUGGAUUCGACAAACCGUAUCUUGCUGACAUGGUUGUCGAACGAUAAUUCCAACACGCCGGCACGCUGUAUAAAACUUUGCGAAGACGUCGGAUACCGCAUUGCUGGAGUCCAGUACACUGCCGCGUGUUUCUGUGACAACAAAUGGCAGCGCACACCACAAAAGGUUGACGAUAGCGAGUGUGGGAUGAGCUGCCCUGGUGACAGCAGCUAUAAAUGUGGGGGCGCAUGGAGGAUGAACGUAUAUAGCAGCACUUGUGAAGCCUAUCCAUGCCAGAAUGGGGGCACGUGCUCGGAAACCUCCACUAAAUACACGUGCAAAUGUCCAUUCGGUUGGACAGGAACCAACUGCCAAACCACAGGAUUUUCGUAUGCAAGAUGCUUCGUCGAAGAUCGUUUCAUCCUGCCAAGGUUAUCAGACGACAAUUCCGACACGCUGACAAGUUGUAUACAACGUUGCGAGGACAACGGAUCGGUGAAAAACAAUCAAACUUGCCUUCUGUCGACUAAUCCUGCAGGUAUGUCGUAUGUUGGAUGCUUCGUCGAAGAUGAUUUGUCAAGGCGUAUCUUGUUGCCCAGGGUGUCAGAUGAUAAAUCCAACACGCCGGCGCGCUGUAUACAACGCUGCGAAGACAAUGGAUAUCGAAUGGCUGGAGUCGCGUAUAGUGUCGAAUGUUUCUGUGGCAACAACUGGCAGCGUACACCCGAGAUUGUUGACGAUAGCGAGUGCGCAUCGAGCUGCCCUGGUGACAGCAAAUACAAAUGUGGGUUCAGUUGGAGGAUGAACGUGUAUAGCAGCACUUGCGAAGCCAAUCCAUGCAAGAACGGGGGCACAUGCUCGGAAAACUCCAGUGAGUACACUUGCAAAUGUCCUUUCGGUUGGACCGGAACCAACUGUCAAGACACCUGCGAGGCCAAUCUUUGCCAAAACGGGGGCACGUGCUCGGAAAACUCCAGUGAUUACAUGUGCAAAUGUCCUCCCGGUUGGACUGGAACAUACUGUCAAGCCAAAACACAGUAACUACUCGUCAUGAAAACAUCACUACACGUCUAAGAAUAUGCACAAUGCAAACGGAGGACCGACAACACCAGGAUAUCCUCAACCGAGAUCUUUUUGAAAUAUGUUUCAGCUGCGGACUUUAAAUGUGAUCUAUAAACAAUGAAAGAGUAUUUCGUGUAAAUAUUGGUUUUAUAUUUACUUUUGAAAUAUUUCCACGUUUACUUAAAUAAAUAUAAAAAAACAACACAUUUAGUAUGGCAUACUUGUCUUGAAACAAGUGUACACGCAUUAUCUAUAAUUUGACAAGUAAUGGUAGAGUUCACAACUACUAGUAUAUAUCCCAAUUCCGUCGCUGCCCGUUCGAUGGCGGUAAUUAUAACAUAUAUGUUUAUUCAAAGAUUGUUGCAUGUGUAUUAGUUUUGUUUCUAGUUUAGUAUUUGUGUCUUAAGAUGUUGGCUUCUGGCAUAGUCCCUGUCUUUUUAAUUGUAUUAAUAUUUAAAAAUGUGAUAUAUCUAGCCGAAUAUGAUUUAACGCAAAUUGAAAGUAUAUAUUAUAUAUCAUCGCCAUUACAAAUUUAAAGUGACACAAUCGUGGUAAAGUAGGUACAUUCUGUUCCAAGUGACAAGAAACAUUUAACAUGUUCUAGCAGGCGAUCGUGAUCGCAGAGCCAACUCGGUAACGAACCUCGUUAAUGAUCCGGCGGUCGUCAUGGAUCGCUUUUCGAGCCCAGCUUAUAUUUUGUUUCAUAACAAUAUUUUCUAAAUUUAAAACGAAUCAUUUAUUUAUUUGGAGCAUGCAAUCUCAAAACAUGAAUUUCUGAAAAUUAACACUUUCCUUCAAAAACCCUUAUUUCUCUUCCUUAUCUGAACUACGAGCUGCUAUUAUUCAAUUUAAAAGAAAAUACGGCAAUAAUACAACAGUUUUAGCAAUGGGAGGGAGUUUUUCGCGUAUUAUGGAGACAUAUGUAGUGUUAGCAAGGUCAGUAGUAAACGUUUUUGUUAAGUAUCGAAGUCAAGACAUAACUCUUUGAUUAAUUGCCAUAUAGAUGCACUUCUUAAUAUAAAACUCGAAUAUGCAGUACAACCAGUUUUAUAUAGUCUUUCCCUGAUUUUGUUUUGUUAAAUAUCAUGAACUUAUUUCGUUCUUUCUUGUAUUGAUCUUCAUUUGCUAUGCCACUUGUUGUUUAUGUAUCAAUCAUUCGGUGAUUCUUUUCGGAAUCAAAACAUUAAUUUGUAUUAAACUUAAUUAAAAGUUGCUAACAUUUUAUUAAAUGUACUCAAACAUUUUACUUAUAAUAAAUAAUAAAUAUGUAAACGUCUA